AUGAAAACAGACGUUGUCGCAGCAAAGAACGACCUGCCCAAACUACCCUUCAAUAAGGUAGGUUAACAUAGAGGAAGGACUUUAAAAGGAAGAAAGACAUAGUUGAUUUAUCAGAGUAAGCCAAAUACGUACGUAGCAGACUUUGGAUCGCGGUUUCAGAAUUGUGAUCUCGUGAUUGUAGCCUUGUUUUCGAAAAUAUAACCAAAAACGUGUUUUUGAUAGACCUAAACCAGAAAAAAGUAAGAAGAUGGAGUUACCAUGAGUGUGAACAUUAAUGUUUAUAAAUAGAAGUAUUCACAAUGACCUUAAAUUGCAAGUUAACAUUAGUUCAAAAUGUAGAAGUUAAAGUUAAUCCUUCAGUUUGAUCCAGGUGCCAUAGCACUACAAGUGACAUGUUUGGCAGUGUCGAAGUUCGCCGCCAGCAAUGCCAAAAAGACGGUCGUAUCAGCAAGUUCAGAGCCUCUACUUAACAUAAGUGCCACAAAUGCAGCCAAAGACAUACGGGAAGGAAGGGUAAGUACGGUGCAAUAAAAAUUCUGAUUAUUGUUAGUACAGUAAGACUUAAAGUUUAAUGCAAUAUGUAUAUAAAGCUUUGUUUUACGCAAUUUUCAGCAAUUUUACGCGUCUAUUCAAUUUUGCCAUUAUUUUUGGUACCCAUAACAUCAUCAAAUUUCAGUUAAAGAGCACAGACCUCGUAACAGCGUACUUAAACAGAAUCCGAGAAGUGAAUGCCUACAUCAAUGCUGUCACAGAAUCUUUUGAAGGCAAAGCUUUGACUAUGGCCAUCGCCGUCGAUGAGUAUAUCGCGUUGGCUUCAGAAGAAGAAAUUAGAAAUGUAAGCUUUAGUUUCAUGGUUUAAAAUUGAUUUUUUGAACUUUUAAAAUGUAAAACUUAAAAUAUAAAUAAAAUAACGUUUUAAUGUUUUUAAAAUUUACUUCUAAAAGGAUUACUGUAGUUUUCGCGCGGAAUAACUUGUUUUUGUUUUUGCAACAACGUAAGAUAGCAUGGUAACUCUUUCGUUACUUGCAGCUGGAGAAAAGUCGACCUCUGUUCGGAAUUCCGAUAUCCAUCAAACAUGUUUUCGAUUACAAAGGUCAUCAGAACAUAUGUGGUUUGGAACAUUUGAGAGCCGCCAACAAAGCCGACUGCAAUGCGCCCGCCGUGGAACGGUAAGGAACGAGGCGUCAUUAGAACAAAAACUGUAUUAUCAGAAGAGUAAACAUUAAAUCCUCAUAGUGUACUAUACUACCUAAACCUUACAGUAACCGCAUUCAUUUUCAGAGUCCUCCAAGCUGGAGCCAUCCCCAUCUGUUACACCAACACACCCCCAGGCUGUUUGUGUUUCGAGUCUGAUAACGCUGUCUUCGGCCGUACCAAGAGUCCCCAUGAUUCCCGUACUAUCUGUGGAGGGUCUUCUGGAGGUGAAGCUGCUCUGUUGGCAGCUCAAGGAUCACUGAUUGGAGUUGGCACUGAUCUAGGGGGUUCUAUUAGAGUACCAUCCAUCUUGUGUGGUGUCUACGGACUAAAACCUCAUGAAACGUGUCCUUUAGAUGGUACUAUACCUAAAGUGAACUUGGGGGAAGGAAGCGACGGAAUGUAUGUUGUUGGACCUAUGGCUAGGUAUGCCGAGGACUUGAUGUUGCUACAGAAUGUAAGUCCAUGCAAAUUUUUGUUUUUAUUCCGAAAACUUAAAAUUGGACCAGUGAACCAAAGUAAAACUUUAAAUGUUAAGCUAAUGAACUAAUUUUUAGGUAUUAACCUGCACAUCGAUAACUGCCGUCCCGUCCACUCAGAAACCGUCCCGACUAUACCUAUGUACCCCAGAAGCCAAACCUUUAGUCAGGUUAAGUAAAACAGUCAAAAAUGUAACGAAUAAUGUAGCCGAUUACCUUUCCCAAGAAUAUACCCUGAAGAUAGAAGACUUUAACUUGGUGAAGUCAUUGAAAGAAUACUUUGUGAUCUACAAGGAGAUGAUAACCAACAGUAUCGACAUCCCCAACUAUCUCUCACCUGUAAGUAUAUUUAAAAAAACUUAAAUUUGAAAAAGCUAGUAUAUAUCUAACUAAUCAUUUUAUACUGUGUGCCUUAUAGCAAAAUUCAACUAAACUUAUAUUAACCAUCACAUUUUCAGAACGAAUCAGUAAAAGUUCCAAAAGAGUUUCUGAAGCUACUGACUGGGGCUUCAUCAUUAUCGUUUGGCCUCCUGAUGACAUUCUACUCGGCAUCAAAGAAAUCGCCUAAGGGCCUAAAUCAAGAAGCAAAAAGACAAUUGGCCAUCGUUAAACAAAAAGUGCUACAGCAACUUAAAGGUAAGUAUCAGAGUACUCAUAAAUAUUAUUUCACUUACUAUUAUUUUUAUAGUUUUAAUAAAAAUCAUUUUACCACCAUUAAGGUAAAGGUAACCUCUAUUGGAUGACUAUAUUGUAUGUAACUAUGCAAAUAUUAACAUAAUACAAUUUAGAUGAUGCCGUACUAGUCUUCCCCGCCCUGCCAGAUACCCAUUACUUCCACUUUUCCUACGGUAUCUUACCCAGCUUCUACACGACUCUAUUCAACCUGCUAGGAGUACCAGUACUAGCCGUACCAUGUGGUAAAGACAAUAAUGGAUAUCCAUUGUCCGUUCAGUUAGUUGGAGGACCUGGAUCGGAGAGUUUACUAUGUCAAGUAGCUCAGAAUAUGGAAAAAAGGUUUGGAGGCUGGGUUCAGCCUUCAGAAUCAUAA